AACAUGGAUCCUGAGAUCAUCGAUCAUGCAUUGCGGAAAGAAAUCGUUAGACAUCAUGUGUACAAAGGACAAAAGCGGUAUCUCAUUCGCUACUCAAGAGAGGGUCAUCACUGCGCAGUUCAUGACCUUGUUACCAGCGACGAUGUUGCCUCUGAACUAGUCGAUGCCUACGUUGAAGCUGCGGAUACGGACCUAUCAAUCGAGCAAAAUCGCGGUGGACAGCGUAUACGUAUCAACCGCAUUGAUAAAGUCUUUGACAUGGUCUACUGCCGAGACUCCAAUGAUAAUUAUGAACAAGGCUCUCCGAGUGGAUUUUACGAUUGCUUUGUCUUGCUUCAAUGGCAAGAUGAGUAUCAAAACAUACGCGAAACCUGGGAGUUUAUUCAGACGCUUGUAGAUCUUAUGGAGUCAGAUCACAUAAUGAGCUUACUCGGGGUUUGGAGCAUAAUUGCUGAGAAACGGCGAGAGAACCUGUUAGCCCAUUGCAUUGACAGAGUCGAAGACGUCUUAGGGGGACAGGGAUGGCAAACUCUGUAA